UGGAAUGGCGGGAAGAGGAAGGGAUGUCAGAGCGAGGGAGAGGGAGAAAGGAUUGCUGGGGUUUUCUUUCCUGGUGCUGUCUAUGCCUUUUUGCUGACAGAAGGGAAGGAAUAAGAUUAUAUUCAAGUACCAAAAUGGACGUGAUCUUCGAGACGAAGAGCCGGCGGUUCAGCAUCGAGAUCGGGUUCUUCGACACGGUCCACGAGAUCAAGGAGAAGAUCCACCGGUACGAGGGCUACCCGGUCGCCUCUCAGAAGCUCUUCCUCGACGGCCGCGAGCUCUCUGACGACGACGGCGACACCGAGCGCUACGCCAUCCUCCAGGGCUCCCUCCUCCGCCUCUCCCUCUCCUCCGACCCCGACCCCGACCCCGCCCCCGCCCGCAUCACCGUCACCGUCUCCGUCUCCAAGCGCCAGUUCACCGUCGACGCCGACGCCUCAGACACCGUCACCCGGCUCAAGGAGCGGAUUUACGAGUCCGAAGGCAUUCCCCCGAGCCGCUUCGCGCUGUACCACGGCAACGCAGAGCUGCAGGACGACACAAAGCUGGCCGAGUACGUGGUGGGGGAUCGGGCGGAGCUGCAUGCGGUGAUCGUCGGCCCGCCGCAGCAGCAGGCGGCGUCGGGGGCGACGGUGGGGGGGAAGAAGAUGAGGGUGAUGGUGGUGACGAAAUGCGGGACGAAGAAGGUGGCGGUGGAGGUGAACGCCGGGGACAACGUCGGGGAGCUGAGGAAGGAGCUGCAGCGGGUGCGCGGAAGCCUCCACUUCCACCUCCCCGCCGAGGGAUACUUCUUCAUCUACAAGCAGAACGUCAUGGACGACGACCGAUCCUUCCGCUGGCACGACGUCCGCCAUGGGGAUACCAUCGAGAUCUUCAACGGCAGCAUCACCGGAGGGACCUAAUUCAUUCAAUAUUUGUAGUUACCAUGCAUCGAUCAUUCCAAUUCCAAUUCCAAAUCUUAAGCUACAAAGCUAAGCUAACUGCUGGAAUAUGAAAUGUUUCGCGGUAGACAAAAGUUUUGAUAGUUUUUCAUUUCAUAAUUAAGUCUUAAUAUUCAGUCUUUACUUCUUAUAAUUAGAAAA